CUGCAGGAUUCUCUUCUUCCACCUUUGGGAGCGACUGGGGAACGCGAGCCAGGACUGCUGUGGUCCCCGCGUGAUCGCAGGGCGGGUAACCGGGUGAAUCCGGGCGGGGCAGCUCCGGGACGGGGAGACGAGGCCUGGGUUUCUCCGGAGACCCACAGCACGGCCCAUUCCUCCCCGCGACGAGGGACCAUUGCUAUGGAAACCGGAGCACCGGGCCGGCGGGGAUUGCGGCUCCUGGGUCGUGACCGGUCUUCUCUCACCUGGAGACCCUCGCCCAAGGUUGUUUCCUGAACUAACCUGCCCUCCCGCCCGCGAGAGAGAGUUUUCUACGGACACAGCCUAGCAGGAAGGUGCAGUGUCCAUGUCUCACUGGCCGCUGACCCACCGGCCCGAUGACAGCAUCUCCGUGUGCCUUCCCAGUUCAGUUCCGGCAGCCCUCGGUCAGCGGCCUCUCACAGAUCACCAGCAGCCUGUAUAUCAGCAACGGGGUAGCCGCCAACAACAAGCUCAUGCUCUCCAGCAACCACAUCACCACGGUCAUCAACGUCUCAGUGGAGGUGGUGAACACCUUAUACGAGGACAUCCACUACGUGCAGGUGCCUGUGGCUGACACACCCAUGUCACGUCUCUGUGACUUCUUCGACCCCAUUGCAGACCACAUCCACAGCGUGGAAGUGAAGCAGGGCCGCACCCUGUUGCACUGUGCCGCCGGUGUGAGCCGCUCGGCCGCCCUCUGCCUUGCCUAUCUCAUGAAGUACCACGCCAUGUCCCUGCUGGAUGCCCACACAUGGACCAAGUCAUGCCGGCCCAUCAUCCGGCCCAACAAUGGCUUUUGGGAGCAGCUCAUCCACUAUGAGUUCCAGCUGUUUGGCAAGAACACUGUGCACAUGGUCAGCUCCCCCAUGGGAGUGAUCCCCGACAUCUAUGAGAAGGAGGUCCGUCUGAUGAUUCCACUGUGAGCCAUUCCACCAGCCCCUGCCCCAGGUCAGAGGUACAGAUCUGCCAUUGAUCCUACACCAAGAUCUGUACUUAAAACAUUCUACUUUCACUGAUACAGAAAAACCAGAUGAUGCCUUUUUUAAGGGCAAGAAAAAAGGAAGGGUACUGCAGCUCUUAAUCUUAUAACUCAUAUCUUUAAAGAUUCAGCUUAUUAAAUGUAAGAUGGUGAAGAUAAGUUUCCUACCCUGCGAGUGACAACUCAUAGCUGCUGACCAGAGGGGAGAGUGAACCAAAUGGACCAGCACCCAAUGCAUAUGGCAAGCUUGGUAUUCUGCAGCCCUCCCCGCGACCGACCAACCCAGGAAUGAGUCUGCCACAAUCCCGCCUCAUUCUUUUGAACACGAAGCCAGCCUUAAGCAUCAUGGCACCUCCCAUGCUUCUCACAGUAAGUGCCAACCUACUGGAUAAGUAGCCUUCAAGCGGUACUCCAGGAGCCCUGGGGGCCCCAAGCCAACCCUGCUUCCACCUUCAACUCUGGUUUUCUAGACUGGAUUUACGCAUAAGAUAGUUUUCAAAGGAAGCAUUCCAUUGUAUAAAAUUUCUUUAAAAACAUUUCUUUUUGAGCGCUGUUGUACGUGGCAAGAUCCCCUACCAGCCUUUGAUGAAAGGUGGUAUUGGUCUCCAUCUCGGGGCACGUGUGGAGAGCAGGCCUGACAUCAGGCUCAGAGGUUCCUCUCACAGGCCUCGGCUCAGAAGGCUGGAGCUGGGGACCGGAACCCAGCCUUGUCACCUCCUGCCUGUGUGAUCUGGGGCCUCUUGGAGCCUCAGUUUCCUCGUCCAGGCGAUGACAGCCCUUUCCUCACAGGGUUGUCGUGAAGAUUCAGUGCUUCCUUAGCACGGUGUCUGGCACAUGGUAGGUGCUUGGUGCUCGGUGUAACCAGCAGCUCUCAUCAAGAAUGAUACUCUGGCCCUGCUGGCCCGGGCCAGCAAGUCGUCUUCACAACAGCAGCUCCCCGAUCUGCGCACAGCCCUUUAUUGCUUAGAAAGUGCUCUUCCAAAAAGUCAUCCUGUGUGGGAGAAAAAUGGUUUCAGUCCUUUCAGACCCUGCCUUUAAGGAGGCCUAGACCUCGAAGCCUUUUCAGACUUCCCGUUGGAUUAAGCACAAUGUUUAAUCCAUGCGCAAUCUGGGACUCCUAGAACGAGGAGCACACUUCCAGCUUCCCCCAAAGGGCCUUGUUUAGAUUGCUGAUCAUUAGAGCCAGUGCGCUGGUCUGGCUGACCGCUGGGGUCCAGUGGGGUAUGUGCCAAAGGGAUAAAUGAGUGGGCCCUAAAAUCCAGGAUUGUUCAAACCCCCCAGGUGUGUGUGGAUCUGGGUCAGGAGCAGCAAUUCUAAUCCAGAGAUUUUCAGACAAACAGUACAUGGGCCAGUCAAGAGCACAACCGCUCUGUGGGUCAGAGCCCACUGGAGGCCAAAUGCUCCUUCUCUCCAAACCUGCCCCACCCUCACUUCCGCAAAGGGCCUGCCCAGGGGUGUAAUUUUAGGGUCGGGGGAGAAGGAAAAUCGCUACUCGAGACUGAUCUCAUCUUACAGAUGAAUAAACAGAACCACAAACACCAGGGCUGGUGUGGCAGAGCCCCCCCAAAGCUGCAGAAACCCAUCAGGAAGAAACCCAGGUGGAAAAUUUCUUUGAAAACAUUCUUAAAGAGAAAUUUAUUUGAAUAUCUUUUGUUUCAGUUUUUAAAAAUUUUUAAUUAACACACCAUAAAAUUAACUUUCUCCUGUGUAAAGUUCUCUGUUUUUUAACACAUUCGUGUAACUACCUCCACAAUCAGGACACAGGGCAGUUCCAUCAACCAAAGAAUUCCCUUAUGCUGCCCCUUGGCAGUCACACCUUUGCCCCACACCAACCUCUGGCAAACACCUAUCUGUUCUCCAUUCCCUAUAGAUUUGUCUUUUCCACAUUGUCACAUACAUAGAAUCAUAGAGAAUGUCACACCUAGAGACUGGCUACUUUCUGUCUGUCUUUGAGAUUCACACAUGUUGCUUUUUAUGGCUAAGUGGUAUUCCAUUGUUGGAUGCGCUACAGUUUGUUUUACCUUCACCCGUUGAAGGAUAUUUGGAUUGUUUCCAGUUUGGGGCGAUUUUGAAUAAAACUGCUACAAAUAUUUGUGUAUAGGUUUUUAUGUGAACAUAAGUUUAUGAGUGGGAUUGCUCAGUUGUAUGGUAAAGGUUAUGUUUAACUUUUAGAAACUACCAGAUUUCCAGAGUGGCAAUACCAUUUUGCCUUCCACUAUGAGAGAUCCAAUUUCUCACCAGUAUUUGGAACUGCCAAUAUUUUUUAUUUCAGCCAUUCUGAUAGGUGUGUGGUAUUAGCGUAUUGUGGUUUUAAUUUGCAUUUCCCUAAUGAUGUUAAGCAUUUUUUUGUGUGUUUAAUUGCCUUCCACAUUCCCUCUUUGGUGAAGUGUCUAUUCAACUUUUUUACCUGUUUUUAAAUUGAGUUGUUUUCUCACUAUUGAAUAUUGAGAAUUCUUUGUAUAUUCUGGAUACAAGUCCUUUAUCAGAUAUGGGUUUGUAAAUAUUUUUCCUCAGUCUAGCUUGUCUUUUCAUUUCUCUUAAAAGUGUAUUUUGCAGAGCAAAAGUUUUAAAUUUUGAUGAAGUGCUACUUACCAGUUUUUCCUUUUAUGGAUCGUUGUUUUGAUGUCACGUCUGAGAACACUUUGCCUAACCUAAUAUCACAAAGAUUUUCUCUAAUGUUUGAGAGUUUAAAAUUUUCACUUAUUUCCAUGAUCCUUUUGUAUAAGGUGUGAGGUUUAGUUUGAGGUUCAUAUUUUUUCAUGUGGAUGUCUAAUAGUUUCAACUCCGUUCGUUGAAGGCUGUCCUUUGUGCAUUGAGCUGCCUUUGCACCUUUGCAUACUCUUCAUUCUGUUUGAUACGUGUCUUUCUCUUUACCGAUACCACACUAUCUUGAUUACUGUAGCUUUUAUAGUAAGUCUUACCUUAUACCUAAUCUUAGAAGGUGUUCAGUCUUUUACCAUUAACUAUGAUGUUAGCUAUAGGCCUUUUUGUAGUUGCCCUUUAUUAGGUUAAGGAAGAGUUGGAAAGUAUUCUCUAUUCUAUUUUCUGGAAGAGAUAUGUGAGUUGGUGUUAUUUCUUCUUUGAAUGUUUGGUAGACUUCAGCAGUGAAACUAUUUGGGCCUGUAGAUUUCUUUUUCAGAAGGAUUUAACAAAGAAUUCAAUUCCAUUAAUAGUUAAAGGAUUAAUCAAAUUAUCUAUUUCAUCUUUGGUGAGUUUUGAUAGUUUGUGAUUUUCAAGGAAUAGGUCCAUUUCAUCUAAUUGUCAAAUUUAUGCAUGUGGAAUUGUUUAUAGUAUUCCCUUAAUAUCCUUAUUAACUGCAGGGUCUAUAGUGACAUCACAUUUCCAUUCUCCACACUGAUUAUUUGUCUUCUCUAUUUCUUUGUUAGUCUGGCUAGAGGUUUAUCAAUUUAAAAAAUCUUUUUAAAAAAUUACCUACCUUGUGUCUUUAAUUUUCUCUAUUGUUCUUCCCUUUUCUAUUUCAUUGAUUUCUGCUCUUUACUAUUUCCAUAGUUCUGCUUGCUUUGAGUUUAUUUUGCUCUUUUUUCUAAUUUCCUAAGGUGGAAACUUAGAUUAUUGAUUUGAUACCUGCA